AUGGACAUCGGAGACUUACUGUGCCGACCACCGCCCGGCUCCGUCGCUCUUCUCCGCCUUCCUCUAGAAAUUCUCGCCGUCAUUUCCUCCCAUCUGGCAAACGCGGACAUCAAGAACCUGCGCCUGACAUGCUCGACGGCCAGCACCAGCGUGCCGCUUCGAUUCUCGCGUGUUUUCCUCUCGCCCAACCCCGUCAACUUGCGAGUGUUUCGCGCGGUGGCGGAUCAUCCCACCAUUCGCCUGCAAAUUCGCGAGAUAAUCUACGACGACGCCCGCUUCGGCGACUUCCAAAACUGGCAACACUACAUCCACGAAUACCCAGACGAAGCAGACGUUGAUGCUGAGGCGGUAGAUUCUGAUGAUUAUCUCGAAGCAGGGCGUGCAUUUGAGUCGCGAUUUCGGGCGGCGCGGAACGCAAACAAUGAAUUAUUGCGAGAUCGGAAUGCAGGCGAUGAACCAACCUUGUCCCAGCAUAUGCGUCGAAAUAAAAUGCUCUCGCAAGAGCUACCCUGGGAGGUCGCCCUCGACAUGUACCGCUCCUUGGUAAGCGAGCAAAACGAAAUCAUAGCUGCUAGCACAGACAUACAAGCCCUACGUAAAGGCUUGACAAGCUUCCCGGCCCUUCAAAGGGUGACUGUCACACCUGCCGCCCACGGCUAUCUAUACACGCCACUUUACUACACCCCGAUGAUCCGCUCUUUCCCUGACGGUUUCAAUUGCCCGCUGCCACGAGGCUGGCCGACAACACGUGCUGGGCCGCCCAGCCUGUGGACCACGACUACAGGUGCUUCGGAUAGUCAAGUGGCAGCGAAUCACCGCGAUUGGCGAGGUCUACUGUCAGUGCUUGAAACGGUGGCGGAGAGCCUCCGCGACGGCAGCCUCACCUCCUUGCCGGAACUUGUCAUCGAUGUACAUGGUCUAGACACCGGUGUUAACCCGCAUAUGUUUGCCCAAGAUUGCGUGGACUACGAGAACUGGGCCACUAUUCUGCGAAAUCCUGCGUUUCGCCGCCUAGAUCUACCGCUGAUGAUAUGUGGAUUAAUGCAAGAAGGCUGGGGCUCACUCGCGAAUGGUCAUUUCCGAAACCUACUGGCCGAAGCGGCCAACCUGGAGCAUUUUCAUCUGCGGUCUGACGAGGAGAUGGAUGAAGGUGCCUGGAUGCCAGACACAGCAACCACAAGGCACAUGCCAUUGCACUCCAUCCUGCCUCUGGAGCAGUGGAAGAGCCUGCGGCAUUUUGGACUCUCCAACCUGCAAGUGCAAAGCAUGGACGUUGUAUCCGCGCUCGCGGCUCUGCCGUCGACUUUGAGAUCAGUGGAGUUGAGCUUUCUACAAUUUGUCGAAGAGCCCGAGGAUAGCAUUCAAAAUUUGCUGGAUGAGAUGAAUGCUAGGCUGGACUGGAAGGAUAGGGACCCAAACGCCAGGCCGGAGGUCACUGUCGGCCUGCUAUAUGGCCCAGUCAACCUGCCCGCCCGGGGAAUUUGGCUUAGCAAGGAGGUCUCCGAAUUUCUCUACCAAGGCGGGCAAAAUCCGAUUCAGUGGGGUAACAACCUCGUGCCAACCGGUGUUGGAGUCGUCAAGGAUGACUUUGAUCCAGCAUAUGAACGCCCCAAUGCUGACCACGACACACUUGUCAAGCUCGGAUUUUACCCUGAAGACGAGUUCACGCGACGGUCGUCGUAG